AUGUUGUACGACUGGAUCCACAACAGCAAUACGCUUUCCACUUGGCUUGACCCAAGCGGUAGACACCAGGGACCAGCUCGACGUCAUCUGCUCUUCCUACUCACACUGGGUGUCAUCACCAGCGGUCUUCUGCUUGGACCAUUAAACACUACCCUCUACGUCAAUGACAUUGCUCUGAUAGGAAAGGGCAUAGAAAAACCUCAGGACAAGCUGGAGAAAAGGCAGAAAGGAAGUGGUGUUGCCUGA